UUUCUCUUUCUUUCAUUUCUUUCAUUUUCUGCUGUUGUGUCUACCUCUGCAUCAUCUGUAAAAAUGGCUCAGGAGUUUGUGCAAACCAAAAUUAAAGGAGACAAAGUAGUGUUGUUUAUUAAACCUAGGUGUCCGUACUGUGUUACGGCUAAAGACGUUUUGUCCAAGUAUAAGUUUAAACCUGGACAUUUAGAAUGUAUUGACAUAAGUGGACGCAGCGACAUGGACUCAAUGCAAGACUACUUCCUGGAACUCACCGGGGCUCGUACGGUCCCUCGAGUGUUCAUUGGGGAGGAGUGUGUUGGAGGUGGCAGCGACGUGGAAGCGCUGCACAAGAGCGGUAAACUGGAGGGCAUGCUGCAGUCUAUCGGCGCUCUGCAGUAAGCUGACCCACCCCUCCAGAGUGGUGGCCUUGGCAGGUGGGGAGUCACAUGACUAUGCAGCGGGAUUUGCGCAGUUUGCGUCGCCGCUGCUGGUACUCGCUGAGCUCCUGUAGGUAGCCUCUGGACGGCCAUCGCAGCCUCUCCACCUGCUCCCGCUCCUCGUCUGGAACGCAAAUCAUAACCAUCAUCUACUGGCAAACACAACCAUAGAAUGCUUUGCAGAUGAAACAAUUACAGCAGGAUUUACUGAGCUUGGCACAUACUCACCUAUACACAUACAGCAAUCACUUCUUGGAUUGUGGCCAUGUACACAGCCAACGAGGCUGAAAUAUCUGGCAUGACUUUGUUUACAACAACAAGCAAAUGGAGAUCAACUUCUCCUCUCCUUGGCCUUUUGUUUUGCUUGUGCCCUUAAUAACCGUCCACUGAGCUUAAAUGUAUGCAUGUAUACGUAAAUAUAUGUAUAACUGACUCUGACAAUAAAACUGCUACUGCUAUGGCAA